ACAUCGUGCUGGGAUGUCACCGCCUACACUAGCCAGAAUAUCAGGCUAUUUCAUCCGAGCUCUGUUGGUAUUAUGGAUUUAAAGCCAUCGCGGUUCCGUGAGGAUUCCAUUCGACAAAGGACAAGCCCUUAUUUUGACGGUAGUUGUUUGUCGAGUGAGGGCGCGCUUGCUUCACCGCGGCACGUUUAAGCGCGCUCCGAGACGUUUAUUUGUGCAUUCAGACUCGCUUUUCGGAUUUGUAAUGGCUAAAAACGGGUGUAGCUGUGAAGCUCCUUCUGACACCGUUAAUGUACAGUGCCUUCUUCGUUGACUUGAAUGACUAGAGCGCGAAAUGAGGACAUCAAUUGCUGAUAUUGAACGCUUUGCCUCCACCGUGUCAAUAAAACAGCAGUUGAUCGAAAUGUAAAAUGGUUGUUUAUUGUUACAAGAAGUCACGACUAUCUGCGGUUUAUUUUGAAAAUCCGGAGCGGAAGUAGACCGUGUUGUCACCGGUGUUGUCACUGGUAGGAAGUGGGAUGUCCCUGCUCAGGAUGUAUUUACGCUGCUCCUCAAGAUAUGAAAACCAUUGAAUCAGAACUGCUGUGGAGCCGUGCUUCUGCCCUCGGACACGACGGCACGUCUGCCCGUCCGCGUGGAAGCUGUCGGCGGCUACAACUGGAGCUGUCGUGUCGGUGUCCUCUGGAACGGUCUUCUUCUCACGCCCAAACAAUUUGUUGAAAUGCAGGGCAGCUUUCUCCAAUUACGUAAUAACACUAUGUGAACCAGUCACGCCGUUUACUUUUUUGAUUUUUUUUUUGAAGAGGGGAUCACUGGCCUUCUUAAUUUUGCAUUAUGUAUGUCUUUUUUUGUUAACAAAUGUGAACUAGUAAUCAUCAAGCCAUGAUGGAGUCCCCUCUAGCUCUCGGUAGACUGGAAUUGACCCCUAACUCGGCUGCUGUUGGGGUCAACUUGACCCCGCGGAUAACCGCUGGUGACCCACCGAAAGAGAAGAGCGCACAGCGGCCUCUUGGACCACCGGGCCCGGCUCACCUCAACGGCUGCGUCCCGCUCUCGCAUCAGGUGGCGGGUCACAAAUAUGGAGUGGAUAAAGUGGGCAUUUUGCAACAUCCUGAUGGAACGGUGUUGAAGCAGCUUCAGCCUCCACCAAGAGGGCCUCGAGAAAUGCAGUUUUACAGCAUGGUAUAUGCAGCUGAUUGCUGUGAUCCAUGUCUUCUGGAGCUACAGAACCAUCUUCCCAAGUAUUAUGGGACAUGGUCCUCCCCUGACUCCCCUAAUGACCUCUAUUUGAAGCUGGAAGAUGUAACCCGUCGCUUCGUCAAGCCGUGCAUCAUGGACGUGAAGCUCGGCCAGCGGAGCUAUGAUCCCUACGCCUCGCAGGAGAAACGAGAUCAACAGAUCCGGAAGUAUCCGCUCAUGGAGGAGAUGGGCUUCCUGGUCCUUGGCAUGAGGGUGUACAAGUUGUGCAGCGGCACAUUUGAGUCUUAUGACCAGCACUAUGGUCGAGGACUGGUUAAGGAGACAAUCAAAGAUGGUUUGGCUAAGUUCUUUAAUAACGGCGUUUGCCUCCGGAAGGACGCCGUGUCCGCCAGCAUCCGCAGAGUGCAGCACAUCCUCCGCUGGUUUCAGUCUCAGCAGCAGCUUGUCUUCUACGCCAGUUCUCUGCUCUUCGUCUACGAGGGCCUCCCCUCCUCAGUUUCCUCAUCCUCCCUCUCUUCGCUGCUCAGCACUCCGACGACAAGCCCUACGGCGAGCGACAGUGGUUGGGGUGGUGAGGAGAAAGAGGUGAGACGGGAUGAGGCGGAUCAAAAAGACGAAUUGGCCGAGUACAACAACAACAACAACAUUGAGGCGGCAGUACCGUGGGACUACAGCCUGGCUAUGCUCUACACCAAUCAAAGGAGAGGGGGGCUCCAGCAUUGUGCCAAGGCUCAAGGUGACGGUGGCGCCCGCGGGACGGCCAAGACCUCAACUUACGAGGAGAGCGCCCCCCUGCCACAUGAGCAGGAUAACUGGCAGCAGUCAGGUGAGUCCAAGCCAGCGGCUAACACAAACGGAAACAAAUCUCAACUGGAAGGGAAAGACCAGGAGGGAGGGAAGGAGGAGGAACAUUGUGGUGGGAGGGAGGAGGCGCUCGGUAAGGGACCAGGAGUGGAGCCUCCCGAGGAGGAGGGCGAGGUGGAGGUGAGGAUGAUCGAUUUUGCACACGUCUUUCCCUGCGAGAGCCCGGAUCAUGGCUACAUCUACGGGCUCAAGCACCUGCUGACGGUACUGGAGGAGCUCCUCCGUGACUCAGACUGAUUCUGCUGCCCUACUUCACCUCUCCGCGAUCAUCUCACCUGCCAGUCAACUGUGUGAGUGGGACCCAAGUUUCAUUAUAGAUGGUGUCUUUCCCCUCCCUGUUUCGUUCUACCUGCACUGAUCGAUCCAUGAAGGCAUUAUGACCCUGAACUCGAACGGCCCCCCCUCCUGGUUUACUGCCGCUCAACAAAUUACACAUUUAAUUUUUAUCGGUUAUUAAGCUGUUUUACAUGAUAUGGUUUUUAAAUACUUUUUAUCUGGAUUUCUGCUUUUUAGCCUCCACUACCUUCCACCGGAUUGAAUAAACAGCAUUUAACAUUUUCUUAUGAUUUUUUUAUUUUUAUUGUAGAUUCAGCAGUUAAUAUUCAAUAAGGGAGUGGUUUCUGUUGUCCUUUUCUGCUUAUUUUUCGCUUUGAUUUGACACAUUUUUGAGACUGCAUAGGGCAUUCAUGCAAUCGUAACCUAUUCAUUUUAUGCCUGAUAUUGGAGACUUUUUGUGAUGAUACGAAUAGAGUGAAUGUGGUAUUUUUUUCUUUAGAAUAAAGAGGAGUUUAAGGUAUUUUUAUAACAUUUAAUUCUUAAAUUAAAAAUGAAUAGUUUUAAAGGCCACGUUUUGACCUUGUAAUGACCACUAAAGUCAGCAGGGGGCACUGCUGCACGGUGACAGAAGUCUCCUCAAAUUGGUAGUCAUGUGAGCGUCACGUAAACCAGGACAUCCGAGGAGUCGAGUCGAGUCGGGUCAGUGUUUUGUGUUUCUGAAACCACUGUUUAACUCAGGUAAUGAACUGUUGGAAUAAAUUCCUCGCUGUUACUACUAGAAUCUUCUCUGCAAGUCCACGUUGACCCCCGAGUCAUGUGACUGCCCUAGAACAAGUUCUCUGCCAUGACUCGCUGCGGUUCCCCUGCCCCAUUCAUUGACAUCAAUCUGUCUUGUGACCUAAGUGAAACCUGAGUCGGUGUUUCUGAGGUGAAGUGUCACUCCUGACGUGCCCUGGUGAAAUCCAUUUUUUUGUUUUUUUUAAAGAUUGUAGUGAACAAAGCGUUGCUUUAAUGAGAGUUGAAUGAUAAGCGAGUGCAAGAUUAGACAGCAACUGAAUGGAUUUGUGUCUGUGUUUGUAUUUUCCUACUGUACUGCUCGGUGACAUGCCUGGGCUCUGAAUACAUUGCCAUACCAUCAGACCUGAAAGGAAGCCAAAGCUCUGAAGAAAUUUCCAGAUUUCGUUUCUCUCUGAAAACCAGUCAGUUGAAAGCCAUUUAAAGUUCAAAAUCUUUGUGAUCAGAGGUGUUUUUAAAUGAAUUUUCACGGGCUAUAUUUACUAUCAGAGGAUUCGUAUGGUGCGUAUUGUGUGCCUGCCUGCGUGGGUUUCCUAUUCCAAACACAAUCAUGCUAAUCCAACAGCAGUCGCUGAAACAUCAGUAGAUUUUAAGGAAGAAAAAAGUUUUUUUUAUUGAUUUAUUUUGCUUUAUUAUUGUUGUUUUGAUAAUGAAGUUAACUUUCUUUAAAUUCUAAUAGAAAAUGAGAAACCUUCGCCAACUCAAAUCUUCACCCUGGUUAAAGAGCAGUGGUGAUAUAUGCACUCCUUGCUUCACAAAACCUCUAAAUUAAGUCACUUAGAUGUAACAUAAUUCUGGCUUUCGUGUAUUAUUUUCUGUCUGCAGUGGUCAGUAGCUAUGAAAAAUGAGCCAACAGAUAAAAAAGCAGCAACAGUAAUGGAUGAAUGCCUCUAGGGGGAGCCAGCUGGCAGAUGCUACAGGUUGUUUCAUCUGACCUCAAGGGGUGCCAACAAUGGACGUAUUCAUCUGACCUGAUCACACCGUAGUCCAUUUCUGAUCCGUUGUUGGUUCCGUAGGCAACUGGUGGUCUCCCUGGGCCAUCAGUAUUUCUUGAGCUGCCACAAAGGCUUGUCAAGUCCCAAUGAAAGUUCAUGCCCUAAAUAUUAUCCACCUCUUCAAGUCUUUUUCAAGUGAAUAGAGUCCAGGCCUUGGUCGGUGAAUACAAACACAAUACCUUGAGUUCAAAGACUUGGCCCCCAUUACACACAACCGACUAUACAAACCAGCCUUCAUUCACUACUUCAUUCCCUCCAACAGGUACUGACCACUGCAGGAGACUCACUCAAGCAAAAGCAUUGGGCCUUUGGUCAUAAUGUUAUGGAUCAGCAAUGCAUAUAAAUAAAGAUCUGGUCGCCAUUUUAAAUUCGUAAAACAAGUCACUCCCCUCCUGUUUGGUUGCUUUGAAUUGGAAAUUCUUUGGUCACCCAAACUUUGUCAAACCUUCAAAACAACUUCAGUGUUGGUUAUGUGACGCUCCACUCCCUCUGCUGCAACAUGUAGAGCGUGAUGGAAGCCUGUGAAGCCAGCAGAUCCAUGAGAGUGAUCAAGCGGGUCCAUGUCUCACUGCCAGGACGCUCUAAACCUUUUUUUUUUUUUUUUCUUGAGAUAAUCCCGGGAACAAUAGAUCCAACGGUGAAUUGUAGAGGAAACCCACACAGACAGUCGCCCAUAUACUUACCACUAACUAACCCGCAUGUUUGGAGGUGUUUCAUUGGUCAGUAGAGAUCAUGUAAUUGCCGCUUCUGUUGCAUACGGUAUGCACACGGUUGUCCAGUUCAUGUAGCUCUGUACGAAAACCGGUUUUGUUUUCUCCUGUAAAUAAUCGAAAACUAAAAGCUAACUAUUAGAUGAUACUAUUUUUGACGUGUUGGAAAUAAUCGUCUUUGAAAUGUUUACAUAAGAUUCUUAUUUUCUGUAAUCACUGCCUUAUUCUUUGUAGAGGACGACUCCAUGUGGUUUGUAGCUUUUUUUUCUGGCAGCUUUUUUUUUUUUUAAUUAAUUUAAUUAGACCAUAUCAUGCAUUUCUUUUCAGGGCAUAGUUCGAAGUCAGAUACUGGGCAUGUCGGCUCAUGUGUAUACUUUAUGAGUACCUGCCUAUUUUUGCUUCAGAACAAACGGAAGUUAUUUGAAAACUGUAAUGUAACCAAUUCAAUUGUGACUUUAGAUGCAACUAAAAAGCCAGUCUCAGAUUUUGAAAUCUUUAUUCUGAUGCAGGAUUUCUUACUCAUUAUUUUGGAUUCUUUGGACUGGAAAAUUCGUCUUUUUUGUUCUUUCAUGAAACGCAAAUGUCAAAAUUCUUCAUGUUAACGUUGUUUUUACCGGCUUGUUUACGUUUUCUAAUCCUCGCUGAAACCAUGUGUUUCUUCAGGUGCAGUUUUCUGCCAGCGCUAACUGAUUCUAAUCUCCUCGGUUGAUUGCACUAAUGGAUUUCAUUGCCUGUUAUAAUCCUGACUUGUGUAAGAUGCUGUCUGUCUUCAAGACAUUUAAGCUAGUUUUCUGCUGACUUUUGAUUGAACUGGAAUCAUUUCCUAGCGGUUUCACCCCAGCACUUACUCACCAGUUUGAGUUGAAAAUAUAGCAAUGUUUCAUUGUCACUCUCGCCAUUAGCGCCAUCUUGGCUGCAAAUGCAGUACAUUUAUUUAGACUUUUUCUUUUCCAUUAUGCUUUACGCAAGUGUCCUGAGUAAUGGUCGCGACCGUGGCGGGGUCUCACCGAGCGACUACUGUAAACAGCAGUCGCACAGAGCUGAACUGGCUCAGCUGAGCCCAAACAUGGAUCUGCGUUAAUUCCUUGUUGUAUUUCUGUAUACUGGAUUCCUUAGAUGAGCCUGAACAUGAAUAUCAAGUGUACAUAAGAAGAGGAACUGAAGUCCCUGGAUAAAAUGGAUAUAAUUCUUGCUAUUUUAACAAUAAAACACGAUUAAAACCUUUGUUUAUGUCUCUCU